AUUUUUCAGGGAGUGCAUCACGUGAUUCUUCGACAUUCAAUUCGCUCCCUUGUAUUCUGUAUAAAAACGGUGUUGAGAGUGCGAAGUAAACCUCUCAUGAUCAGCACUGAAGGAUUCUCUUUAAUCUUCUACCAGCUAGAAUAGAUGACCAUGGCCCCACGGGCUGAAGUGGAGGGCUCGCAGAGCAGCUCUGGAACCACUGAGCACGGGGAUGACUCCAAGCCGAGAGUGAACGGGGUCGGGAAGAUCACUACGAACGGAUCGGCGCUGCUUCCUGCUUCUUCCACCGUCGCCCUGGUGGAGAAUGAGCCCGAGGAUCCCUGGGCACUACCUAAACUCGAGGCGACCGGCACCAAGUGGUCAGAACUCAGCACCAGGAUGAAGGUGUUUCGAGUGCUGAUCGCGGUGUUGAAGAUUGCUUCACUUUUUGGAUUUCUCUACUUCUUCGUCUGUUCUCUGGACAUCCUCAGUUCGGCGUUCCAGCUUGUUGGAGGUAAAACCGCUGGAGAUAUUUUCAAAGAUAAUGCGGUCCUGGCAAACCCUGUAGCUGGCCUGGUGAUUGGCAUUUUAGUCACCGUUCUGGUUCAAAGCUCAAGCACCUCGUCUUCUAUAGUAGUCAGCAUGGUGUCCUCCGGCUUGUUAGGAGUGAAAUCAGCUAUCCCAGUGAUAAUGGGAACCAACAUCGGUACCUCAGUGACCAACACCAUCGUGGCCUUAAUGCAGUCCGGAGACCGAAAUGAAUUCAGAAGAGCCUUUGCAGGUGCAACUGUACAUGAUUUCUUUAAUUGGCUCUCGGUGCUAAUCCUGCUGCCAAUUGAAGCGGCCUCUGGCUAUCUAUACCAUCUCACUGGCAUUAUUGUCAAGUCAUUUGAUAUCGAGAGUGGUGAAGAUGCCCCAGAUCUGUUAAAAGUUAUUACUGAUCCCCUCACAAAGCUUAUUGUACAGCUGGACAGAUCUGUAAUAAAUGACAUAGCAACGGGAAAUCCAGCAGCGGCAAACAAAAGCCUCAUCAAAGAAUGGUGCAAGACCACAACUGAACUGGUUGAAAAAAAUGUGACUGUUCCCAAUGAACUGAAUUGCACAUCAUCUGAAUUUUGUUGGAGUGACAGCAAUAAUACUUGGACUCUGAAAAAUAUGUCAGAAACAAUAAAUGUUGAAAAAUGCCACCAUCUCUUUUUGACUACAACCAUAUCGGAUUUAGGAGUUGGCCUCAUCCUUCUUGCAGGCUCUUUGUUAAUCCUGUGCACCUGCUUAAUACUUAUUGUCAAGCUUCUCAACUCAAUGUUAAAAGGACAGGUUGCUUCUGUUAUCAAAAAAAUUAUUAAUACAGAUUUCAAAUACCCAUUUGGUUGGGUAACAGGAUAUAUAGCCAUUGCCGUAGGUGCUGGAAUGACUUUUGUUGUUCAAAGUAGUUCUAUUUUUACCUCUGCUCUUACUCCAUUAGUUGGAAUUGGUGUGAUAAGUAUUGAGCGAGUCUAUCCUCUUACACUGGGUUCCAAUAUUGGUACCACCACAACAGCUAUUAUAGCUGCUCUUGCCAGUCCAGGAAAAACCUUAGCUAACUCUUUACAGAUUGCCUUGUGUCAUUUCUUUUUUAAUAUCUCUGGAAUCAUCAUUUGGUAUCCCAUGCCAUUUAUGCGUCUGCCCAUUCGUCUAGCCAAAGGAUUGGGAACAUAUACCUCCAAAUACAGGUGGUUUGCAGUUAUCUAUUUGAUUCUGUGCUUCCUGCUGCUCCCUCUGAUCGUAUUUGGGCUGUCAGUUGCUGGUUGGCAGGUUCUGACUGGAGUAGGUGUUCCUGUUGUGGCGUUUAUAAUCAUUGCAAUUAUUAUCAACAUUAUGCAAAGAAAAUGCCCAAGGUUUUUGCCGAAGGUGUUACAAACAUGGGACUUCCUUCCAAUCUGGAUGCAUUCCUUGGAACCGUGGGACAGAGUCAUACAGCGUGUUAUGGCAUGUUGUUCUACUCGGUGUUUUGGAAAGUGUGGGUGCUGCAAGAAGAAUGAUGAGGAAAGUCUUGACAAAACAGAAAAGCAGUCCAAAUCUUUUGAGGUUUAUGAAAAUCCAGUAAUAUUAGAGAAUGAAGAACAAGAUAUUAAGACAUUCCCAGCUAUGGAAAGUAAAACAAAAGUUAAUUCAACAAUUAUGUAGCAAUUAAACCACUGAAUCGCUUAAAUGUGCCUUUGCAAAGUGGUGCAGUAUCUUUUAAGGUUUAUCCAAUAUGAGUUCCUGUCACUUCUGGUAUCCCAAAUGGUUAGUACUGUUAACAAAAUUUCUGGUAGAAGUGAUUUCUUCACCAAUUCACACUGUUUUGUAUUCAAUCAUUGCAAACCUUCAUUAUAGUACAUAUGAACAAAAGUGUAAAUUGGUGUUAAUACAAAUUCAAUGCGUGGCUUUAAACAAAGGCACAACAGCUUUAUCCCAGGUGGUAUUUGAAAAGUCAGUUUUUCUGGUGCUUCCUUGUUGGUUUGUAUUUAGUGGGAGAUUCAUAACUUCACCGUGCCAGUGAAUUCUCUCCCAUUUGUAGAAAAUAACUUCAAAAUAACAUUUAUCUGGAAUAAAUUAACAUUCCAAAAGGAUGGGAUGAAAACCUUCAAUACUUUUGGACUAAUUGAAAGAAAUGGUUGUCAAGAACUAUGAGCACUUGUAUACCAGUGUCCAAAUGCUACCGGGGGAAAUUUGUGCUUUUGUCUCUAGCAGUAAAUGUCGCCGGUUGUGCCCCAUUCUGGCACACUUAGUUUUGUUGACUUCAGUGGAAGUGAAGGUGCAGAGGUUGAGUAGAAAUAGAGGCAGACACUCUUACACACUGGCAACCAAAGAUGGGUUUCUUGGGGUUCCAAAUACAAAUUACUGAAGGUCAAGUUCCAAUGAUUUAUGGGUACAUCAAUUUUGUUGGAUGGUGCUAGAAUAAUAAUUCUUGCUUGCAGAGUUCACAAUGAGCUGCCUUAUUCACUUCCAAGUUUUCACGACCUGAAUUAUGAAAGCAAUGCAAAACUAUUGUUACCUAUCUGAAACUAUUCCAUAACUUUUCCAACCAGUGAUUUCACUUUGGGGAUUGAAUAUGGUAACGGGAAUUGAAUCAAAGUAUCUGUAAUAUGCUACUUUCAAGAUAUUUUGAAAUGGUGAUGAGCAAGGGGCAUUCAAACAAGGCAGCAUAAACUUUUAUGGCAGAAUGCUGCAUUUCAGGGUUGUAUUUCCAGCCUUGGCCAGAGGCCUUUGAUUGCUACUAGGUGAACUUCAGGAUUUCUUAACAGAGUUAAAUGCAGACCUGUGGAAUAAUCCAUCUCUGGGCCAAGCCAUAACUGGCGAGAUCAGUCCUAUCUGAUGGAAGCUCAGCCCAUGCAAGGUAGCCAAAACAAUGACAGCCAGGGAGUGCCUGGUUGUAUUUAUUUGUGGCAGCAGAACUGGAAGUGAGGAAUCUAAGGAAGGUGAAAUAAUGUAUAAAAACAUAGAACGGCAAACAAAAUGGACUCCCCUAAAUUGUAAAUUUGUCAGGAGACAUUAAAGGGGUUUAUAAAUAUUCUUUUAUUGUUUUUUAUAAAAUAUAUAAUUUAUGUAUUGAAUGAGUAGUUGCCUAAAUGUGCACUAACAUGUCAAUUUGAAUAAUGGACAUUUGUGUAUAUUUUGUUACUUAUUUUUCUACUGUAUUGUAGAUUUUAAACAACAUUUAAUGUGUGAUUUAAAAUAUACAUUAAGUACAUUAC